AUGGUUUACCCGUCCUCCACCUGCUGCAAGACUUCUGGCGACAGAAGUUGUGUUUGCGCAGCCCAGGCAAAGUGCUCCUGUGGCAAGAAAAACGCCCUCCACUGCACAUGCAACAAGGCUUCCACCGAGAAUACCGUUGCAGGGGCUCGGUGCUCUUGCAGAGCUCGCCCUGCCGGAGAAUGUACCUGUGAACGGGCCGCCAGUGAGAACCACCCUGUAACGGGAGAAACCUGCCCCUGCGGAAAGCGAUCCUCCUCGUCUUGCACCUGCGAGAAAGGCCGCGCCGUUGACGAGGCUGUUGGACGUCUCGAGACUGACUUUACCACCCGUGCUUGAACACCGCUCUUCAUCUGUGUGGAGGGCAAUGGUGACUUUCUUCUUAAUGGAAUUUAAUGGCCUGUAUACUUUGGGGGAUCGGUGUUCAUAACGGAGUUUUGGGAGGUCGAAGCCGACUUGUUUCAUGGGGUUGCGUGGGUAUUUGAAAUUGGGUUGUCUUGCAUUAGUCAGGUUAGUUUCACAGGGGAGCAGGAGGGUAUGGAAAAUCAGUGACGAUACUCCAAAUAUUAUAUGGUUAAAUUUAUGCUCAAUGCUAGGCAUCUGUGUCUGCAGAUCUAGGGUAGGGUUGAAGAGGCGCGUCAGCUUAGCCCCUGCUCGACACGGGUCUAUGAAGGAUGACUGAGUUUUGUACUCCGUACUAGUAUGUAGCCAGCUAGCAAG